GAGUUGACGUCACCCCGGCAGCCAAUCAGCUGCUAGGGGUCGGUCUCUGGAACUGGCCACAGUAGGUUAUCAGCCUGAAACCUCGCAGUCCGAGGUCAGGAAGCCAGAUGAGCCCGCAGAGAAGCGACUGCUCACCGCGAACAGCCCAAGCCAACAGUCGCUGAGAGGACGAGGAAGUUCGGUAUGAGCGGCAAUGCUAACUGACCUGCACGCAGCCAUGGUACCGAAGCGCGAGCCGGCGAAGUUGGAAGAGCGCGAGCGCACGCAGGCGGCGUGUGAGUGCCAUAGCCAAUGCAACAACUGCAAAAUCUUCCUGAGUUUAUUCAUCCUCUCGCUCUCUCUGCACCUCGUCACUCUCUUCUGCUACCUGGACCUGCGCUCGGAGCUCAAACGCGAAAUAUCACAGAAAAACAAAGAUGAGGUGUCAUCAGCGGGGCCAAUACCGCACUAUGAAGCCACAGCGCCAGUGCUCCGGUUACCGGACACCGACCACCCAACAAUAGACGAUCAGAGCAGAUGGAGGGAUGAACACACAAGAGGGCUGGAGAGAGUCAUUCAUCGCACCAAACGUUCAGAAACUAACGGAAAAAAGAAAGGAGAGCGGAAAAAAGGCAAGAAAGGGCCCCCUGGCGCUCCUGGACCUCCAGGCCCACCUGGUCCACAAGGUCCUCCUGGAAUUCCAGGGAUCCCGGGGAUCCCAGGCAGUAACGCGAUGGGUCCAUCUGGCCCACCUGGCCCUCCUGGACCUGCAGGGCCACCUGGACCACAAGGUCCACCUGGACCACAGGGACCUUCAGGUGGCGCUGAUAAAGCCAAGCACAGAGAGACACAGCCAGCUGUGGUGCAUCUUCAAGGUCAGGAAACCACUAUCCAAGUGAAAGAAGAUUUGUCAGAAGGUGUGUUGAAGAAUUGGAGAAUGAUCUCAAUCCAUCAGAGAGUGUUUAAAAUGCACUCACGCUCUGGAGAGCUGGAAGUCCUCCUUGACGGAACAUACUUUAUAUAUAGUCAGGUAUAUUACCUGAAUUUCACGGACAUAGCGAGUUAUGAGGUGAUGGUAGAUAAGACUCCAUUCUUACGCUGCACACGAAGCAUCGAGACUGGCCAGCGCAAGUUCAACACCUGCUACACCGCGGGUGUGUGUUUGUUGCGAGCGCGCCAGAGGAUCUCCAUCCGCAUGGUGUACGAGGACACCUCCAUCUCCAUGAGCAACCAUACCACCUUCCUGGGCAGCAUCCGUCUAGGGGACGCCCCGGCUGCUGGACACACCUGAGGCCAUCGGUACGCAGGUCGACCUGAUCAGACACUCAGAUCAUGCUCUUUAGAUGUGCAUGAGCCAAUGAGCUCACAGACCACUCCCACUGAACUCAACUGAGCCAGUAUGACUCAAUAUCCCGCCCCACUGACAUGCCCAAUCUACAGCCAGCAAUUUAUGAACUAACAGGUUUAACUACAUAUCUGUCAAGCGUCAGACAAACGUGACUAUGUAGCAUCACCGACACUGACAAAAGGAACCAAUUCUCUCUGAGCACUGAAGCACCCUUUUUUUAGUCAUCAAACAUUAGCAGCACAACAUUCACCACAAAUAAUCAAACUGUCUGUUUACGAAUGAGAUGACACUGAAUGAACAUUGUGACCGGAUGAGCUCAGCGCCAUCGCAGCUGCCGUGUGUGUGUGUGUGUAGAUUUAAUCACACACACGCUGCCCAUCCAGCGUUGGCACAGGGAGGAAGUGCACCUACACUGAUUGCAGUGACUGGAACUGCAAAAGGAGGAGUAUUUCAGUGAGAUACUCUAAUGUGUUUGAUGCACCAAUAGCAACCUACUCAAUCGUAACAGACACACACUUCAUUCCAUUCAACACUUCAUAAAUAGUGAACCUGUGUACUAUUCUUUUACAAUAAGCACUGAUGUUGGCAAUGUAUAUAAAACAGAAUAUCUAUGUUCAGUUAUCUCUGAUCUUUUACACACACAGUCAAGAUACCCAUUUUUAAAAUGAAGUCAUGAAGUUCUGACAGUUUUUUUUUUUUUUUUCUUUGCUCUUUAACUGACAUUACCUGUAUGAAACACUGAGUGUGUGUGCAUAUGAUGGCAGUGGUUCAGGCACUAAAAUGAAUGAUGCUUCAUAAUGGUUUCCUUCGUCGACAUCCUGAAAAUGCGAUACAAUACCAUAUGCCUCCUGUAGGGGGCAGUCGUGCUCCUCUAUGGUAAAUGUAGCACUGAGAGUUUGGCUGGAAGAGUUUGGCUGUGUUCGGAAUAGAAUAUUAUUGUACUACUCUUACUUUUGCUGCAGUAUAUAAUGCGCAUGUAGUAUAACAAUUAUAUAUUCUACCAUUUAAAAGUUUGGGGUCGAUCAUUUUUAAAAUCAGUUUUAUUCACAACGACACCCAAAAAUGAUCAAAAGUGACAGUAAAGACAUUUAUAAUGUUGCAAAAGAUGUUCUUUUGAACUUCCUAUUUAUCAUAUUAUUUUGAAUAAAAAAUAUCCAUCAGGACAACUGUGUUUAACAUUUGUAAGAACCAAUCUUCCCUGAGCAGCAAAUCAGCAUAUUAGAAUGAUUUCUGGAGGAUCGUGUGACACUGAAGACUGGAGUAAUGAUGCUGGAAAUUCAGCUUUGCCAUCACAGGAAAAAAUGACAUUUUAAAAUAUAUAAGAAUAGAAACGCUUUCUUUGAAAUUGUACAAUAUUUCAUAGCAUCGAUGCAGACUUCUUUUGAAUCCAAACUUUUGAACGGUAGAGUAUACACGCACAAACUUGCUGAAUACUGUAUCCCACAAUGCAAAAUACUACCAAUAUCCUCAUGAUUUGAUGUGACAAAUAUAAAAUGAUACAAAAUCUGAUUUUAAAAAGUAGCAUCUAAGAUGAUGAUGAGGUACAGUGUGGCAUACUUUCAUAAUCAGUUUUUCCGUAUACUGUUUUUAAGCACAGUUAGCAUUAUUCAGUAGAUACCGCGCAGUAAACAACCUUAAGAUGUUCCAUUCCGAACAUUUGAGCCUGUUUUUGACUCUAACACAUACUGAUAAAAAUCAUGAAGUCAUGAAUCAGCCCUUCAGAUUUCCCCAGCGCCUGACUGACAGCUCAGGAUCGUGGAUCUGAAUGGGUCGUAGAGAAAGACUGAAUUAUGCAAGUGUAGUUUAGUUAAUAGGAAUCAGAUCCAAGAUCCUCGCAGUGAGAACAAACUGCUUUAUUGUGUUCAAAGGUUUUGGAAUAAAAAGAACCAUGGGAAUUAUCUGGAACUUUCUAAAGGGAGCUGGUAAUCUGCCCUCAGGUUUCCUCUCCAUGUUCCCUCUGUCUCCGCAUGGAAAUGUAAAAACAAAACAAACCAAAAACACACAGGAGAGUCUGAAUGUGAUUCUGAUAGAUUGAUUUAUAUCUCUCUUUCUUCCUUUAAACAUCAAGUCCAACCAUCAGCUUGUUUUAGUUUUUGUUUCUGGUGUGUUUGUGUGUGUUUUAGAUAUGAGUGUGUAUUUGUAGGUAAAUGAUUUGUAUACUGUAUGUAGUCCUGUUUUACUGAAGAUAAUGUAUAUUUGUAAACUAUACAGGGAAUGUAUAUAUGUACAUAAGAUAUUUUGCCUUUUUGUAAUUUUUUAUGUCCUAUUAAAUUGUUUUUGAGA